CACAAUGGAAUCUAAGUGAUCAGUCUUCUUACGAUGAUUACUGUCAAACAAUUAAUGGUAGACCAAUCCACCAACACUCUCGACGACUCUGCCUUUAUAUAUAUCUCCCUCGCUCGCUUCCCCUUCACUGCCAUAUUCUCUGCUCUACCUCUCUCGCUGAUCCAUUCCCCCCUCAUGACCAUGCAAAGCUGUUUCAUUCGACUCUUUGUCGUCGUCGUGGUACUCCUUGGCAGCGUUACCAUGCACGUCUCCGACCCUGUCUUACCCUCGCCGCCGCUCGAGGCCCUCCGCCUCGAAGGCAAAUUGAGCUUCGACGACGCGCACCUAGCCGCCAAGGACUUCGGGAACCGGUACCGGCUAUUGCCGGCGGCAGUGGUGCACCCGGCGUCCGUCUCCGACGUCGCGUCCACUGUACGGCACGUGUUCCGGCUGGGGCCGAGCUCGAAGCUGACGGUGGCGGCCCGCGGGCACGGGCAUUCUCUUCGGGGACAGGCGCAGGCCGACGGCGGGAUCGUGGUGCGAAUGGAGUCGCUCGGCGGCGGGACGCGGGUGUCGCAUCGCGGAGGGCAGCCUUACGCGGACGCCUCGGGAGGAGAGCUGUGGAUCAACGUGCUGGAGGAGUGUUUGAAGCAUGGGCUGGCGCCCAAGUCGUGGACCGACUACCUCCACCUCACUGUUGGAGGAACGCUAUCAAACGCCGGAAUCAGUGGCCAAGCUUUCCGGCACGGCCCCCAGAUCAGCAAUGUCAACCAACUCGAGAUCGUCACAGGCAAAGGAGAGGUGAUGAAUUGUUCCGAGGAACAGAAUGCUGAUCUCUUCCACGCUGCUCUCGGAGGUCUGGGUCAGUUCGGAAUCAUUACCAGAGCUCAGAUUGCACUGGAACCAGCUCCAGAGAUGGUGAGAUGGAUUAGAGUAUUGUACUCUGACUUCGCUAGCUUUACCGAGGACCAGGAAAUGCUGAUAUCGGCGAAGGAGACCUUCGACUACAUCGAAGGCUUCGUCAUCAUCAAUAGAACAGGACUUCUCAACAACUGGAGAUCAUCAUUCGACCCACAGGAUCCUGCCCGAGCAAGCCAAUUUGAUUCCGAUGGCAAAAUCUUAUUCUGCCUCGAAAUGACUAAAAACUUCAACCGACAUGAAGCAGAGAGCAUGAGCCAAGAAGUCGAACAUCUUUUGUCUAAGCUGAGAUACAUACAAUCCACGCUUUUCCAAUCGGAGGUCUCCUAUUUGGAGUUCUUGGAUAGAGUCCAUGUGUCGGAAGUGAAGCUGAGGUCCAAAGGUCUGUGGGAGAUCCCACAUCCGUGGCUCAACCUCUUCGUACCACGAACCAGAAUCAAAGAUUUUGCAGAGGGAGUCUUUGGCAAAAUUCUCACAGACAGCAACAAUGGCCCCAUUCUCCUGUACCCACUUAAUCGAUCGAAAUGGGAUAACAGAACAUCGGCAGUGAUACCGGACGAAGAGAUCUUCUACCUGGUGGCCUUGCUGUCCUCAGCGCCAUCCCACGGCAGCUUAGAGCGAGCACUGAAACAGAACAGUGAGAUCGUAGACUUCUGCAACAAGGCAGGAAUCAAAAUGAAACAGUACUUGCCCUACUAUACGACGCGGGAAGAGUGGAACGGGCACUACGGUGACAGGUGGAAGACGUUUGGCCAUAGAAAACGCACAUAUGAUCCCUUGGCUAUUCUCGCUCCUGGACAGAGAAUAUUUCGAAAACCACUGCAGCAAUCCUCCUCCUCCUCCUCGUUGUAGUUAGUGAGCUAAUUAAUCUUGUACAGGAAGCUAAUUAACCUUGCUACAAUGAUCGGAAUAUAUGUUGUUGAAGGAAGGAAAGAAAAGAGGUGGGAAAUUUUGCCGAUCGAGACAAAUUCACCGGUCAUCUAUUGAACAGUUCUAAAAGGUCUGGCAUCUUACCUUUCUGACAAAAGGGAGAAAAAAAGAAAGGGACUUACUGUUUUUAAUGGAGCAAUAUUAUCAUUGGGCUGCUAGCUAGCUAUUGAGCUUUUAAUUUAUGAAAUCAGAUGUAUUUAAUUUGCUUUCCAAAGUGAUGUGCAUAUAGAAUUCGACAUGUUUUUUUUUAACCAUUAAA